AAAGAUUUAUUCCACAAAAGCAAUUAAAUGAGUCGAAUUAUAAAAAUUAUGUAUAUGGACCAAGAAUCAACAUUCAAAAUAGAUCCAACUAAUUUAAUCUAUAAGGAUAUUUCAAAAUUUCUAAAUAUUGUUGAAGAUGAUCUGAUCAUAAUAAUUGAUAAUGACUAUAACAAGACUAUAAAAAGAACUGAUAAAUUUUUAAAUUAAUAUAAUUAAAAGCAAUUCUGGGUAUAUAAUAUUAAAGAACUAUUAAGGGAAAAAUUUGAAAAUUAGGAUAAAUAAAAAUAGAACAAAAUCAAUAUGGAACAAAACAAUAACUCAAAAAUAGAUAAUGAUUAUAGUAGUUUAUAAUCAACUUAAUGUACAAAUAGUUCAAUAGUUUAAUCCUAAAUAUAACUAAAUGGUGAUUAAUAAUUUUAAUAAAAAGAUUAAUAAUAUCCUAUAGAUAAAGAGAUCUAAAAUUAAAAUUCAUGCUAAUCUUCUACCUUUAGUAAUUAAUCUGAUUAAGAGGAUAUAUUUUAAAACUCUGUUUUUAAGGUAUAAUUAUAAACAUGUUAUAAAUGCAAUAAUAAAAUUUGUGAAACCUCCAUUCAAACUAAAUGUUUGCACAACUAUCAUUAAGAAUGUUUAGAAGAACAUUUCAACAAUUAAUUAAGUUAAUUUUAAUCAAGAUUAAAUUGCAUUUGUAAUCAAAAAAUUAUUUAAAAAAUUUUGAUAAACAAUUUUUAAAAUGGAAAAGAAAUGGCAGAAAAAUUAUAUAAGAAUCAAAUCACUGAGAUUGAGUAAAAUUACUCAUUUAAAAUAAGAAAAUGUACAUAAACAAAUUAAUGUUGUUUCAUUUAUAUUAAAACAGAUAAUACUAGUAAAUUGAAACCUUAUUGUCCAUGUUGUUGUGAGUAUUAAAAGUGA